AGGUGUAAACUGUUGAUGAAAUUCCUUGGAUGAAAUUGCUGAUGAAAAUGUUGAUGGGGUCCUCUAACUUUGGUGGCUUGAAAUUUGUUUGUUUUUUAAUGUUUUUCAGUCAAACUGUGCUAUGUUAAAAAUCACUUAUUCUAUCGAAAAGCAAGAUUUGUUUGAUUUGGUUUUCUUAUGGACGAAGUUGUUUCAAGAUGGCUGCGCCCAUGAAAUGAAAAUUUUGGAAUUUGUCAAAAUAACUUGUUUUGUCAUGAAUUUUAUCUAAACUAACUACAGCCUGCUGAAAAAAAUUAGCAGAUUACAAUGUCAGACAAUGGAUUUUCCACAAACACUGGUAAUCGACGCAUGACAAGGACUGGUUGGACGAUUUUGGGGGUUUCUGGUGCAUUAUUUGGCACAAUCUAUGCAGUCACAACACCAUUUGUCUUGCCAGCCUUGAGGAAAAUCUGUCUUCCAUAUGUGCCAGCCACAACGAAGCAAGUAGAGAAUGUGAUGAAGAUGCUGAAGGGGAGAUCUGGGACUUUUAUUGAUCUUGGCAGUGGAGAUGGACGGAUCGUAAUAGAAGCAGCCAAAAUGGGAUUUAGAGCAACUGGUGUUGAGCUCAACCCUUGGCUGGUAUGGUAUUCUCGGAUCAGCGCUUGGAGAGAAGGGGUUAAUAAACAGACAAAGUUUGUCCGGAGGGAUUUAUGGAAGAUUGAUCCGUCAAAGUAUGAUAAUGUUGUAAUAUUUGGAGUUGAGCAAAUGAUGGAACCUCUUGAAGAAAAGUUGAAGAAAGAACUUUGUGCAGAUGGCCACAUUGUAGCUUGUCGAUUUCCUUUUAAAUCUUGGCACCCUACAAAUGAGAUAAACGCUGGAAUUGAUACAGUGUGGCUUUAUGAGCGCUCAACAAAAGACAAUGAUACUUUGAAUGGACAAUCAAAGCUGAGAAGGAAAGUUGACAAAGUUUGGACAAUUGAGAAGCAGAAUAAACAUUGACAAUUAUUGUUCUGCUUGAUAAGAAGAAAAUAAAUUCAUUUAUGCCAAUUGAAACUUCAUUUUGUUUUGUGGCAACUAAA